AUGCCCCUCAAAGACGAAUCCAGAAAUAUUGAGCUAGCCUCCCCACGAGCCUCCAUAAACAACGAUGUAUUUGGCGAAAUCCCAGCAGAAGGCCCUAACUAUCGUGAUAUAGGAUGGAUGGGUACUUUUGUGCUCAUGCUCAAGACCCAAGUUGGCCUGGGUGUACUGUCAAUUCCUUAUGCUUUUGAUAAGCUGGGAUUGAUACCUGGCAUUUUGUGCUUACUUGGAGUAGCUCUUAUCGCUACUUGGGGUCAACGUAUUGUCGGCGUAUUCAAACGCAAUCAUGCAGACGUUUACAGCAUUGUCGAUACGGGAGAAAAGAUAGGAGGAAGGCCUGGGCGAGAGUUGAUGGGUUUUGCAUUCAUGUUAUAUUGGAUUUGCGUUGCUGCAUCCGGUAUGUCAGGUAUCUCGACUGCCUUGAAUGCAAUCACUUUGCACGGAGCAUGCACUGCGAUUUUCGUCGCACUCGCCGCAUUUUUUGCGUUUGCGAUUGGAAGCAUCAGAACGCUUGGAAAUAUAUCAUGGCUUGCGUGGAUUGGAGGACUUUCCAUUUUCGCUGCGCUCUUCACUUUGACAGUUGCUGUUGGCCUCCAAGGUCGACCCACCGAAGCACCGAAGAUCGGUCCGUACGUAUCUAACUACAAGCUGAUUGGCAACCCAACCUUCUAUGAAGGCAUGGCGGCUAUCAAUUCACUUGUGUUUGCAUAUUCUGGAACCCCCGCUUUCUUUGCUAUCAUCUCAGAGAUGAGAGACCCACGUCAGUACAAAAAAGCCAUGUUGACUUGCCAGUGUACGAUGACUGGCAUCUAUCUCGUAGUUGGAAUUGUCGUCUACUAUUAUUGUGGUACAUACGUUUCCUCACCUGCCCUUGGAUCUGCUGGCCCCUUGUUGAAGAGGAUCUGCUACGGACUUGCCCUACCUGGGCUGAUGGUUAGCACCUGUCUUCUUAUCCACUAUCCGUCUAAGUAUAUUUUUGUACGUGCACUUCGAGAUUCUCAACAUCUCGUUUCCAAUUCGACCAUCCAUUGGAUUACCUGGUUAUCCUGUACCUUUGGUGUCACGAUCGUGGGCUACGUCAUUGCUUCUACAGUGCCGAACUUUGGAAGCCUCGUCUCGCUGGUUGGUGCGUUACUCGCGACCCUUAUGUCUUUCCAACCGAUGGGGGCGAUGUGGCUCCAUGACAACUGGAACAGAAGAGAAAGGGGGAUACAAUGGAGAAUAGGUGUUUCUUGGUCAGUGUUUGUGAUAGUCAUUGGCACGUACAUCAUGAUAGCCGGAUCAUAUACUGCCAUUGUGUCAAUCAUCGACAGCUAUACCUCCGUCAGUGGAACAAAUCCAUGGUCUUGUGCAGAUAAAUCCAAUUCGGUCGAUCUCGAUUAA